AUUUAGUUGUUGUAUAAAUAAGACGUUUGAUACAUUUUGCUUUAUUUAGGCAGUAUGAAGUUCAUAGCUUUGGUGUUCUUUGUGACGGCAAUCCACGCCAAACACGAAAUAUACUCUGGGUGGAAAUCCGUCAUCGUCAAGCCGGUGAAUCAUGAACAGCUGGCGAAAUUGACCAGUAAGAUCAUAGAAUUCGACCUCGACUUUGUAAGCAAUGCAGCAGUGAAUCGAGAAGGAGUUGUGUUGGUUAAGCCCCAGUACCAAGCUGACUUUUUGAAAUUCCUAUUACAAGAGAACAUAUCCAAUUGGAUACAUACUGAAGAUCUUAAAAAACAAUUUGAUAUCGAAGACCAGAAAAUCGAAGCGAGAAAGCUAACAACUCGUUCUAUAAAUGGAGGCAGGAUACCUUACGACAACUAUCAAACUCUGGACGUGAUAUAUGACUAUAUUGACAAAAUUGCUGAGGAUUAUCCUGAAACAGUAACUUUAGUUAAUUCUACUAAAUCAUUUGAAGGCCGACCCCUUAAGUACUUGAAGAUUUCUAAGGAUAAAUUUGCAAGUAACAAACCGGUCAUUUUCAUUGAUGGUGGAAUUCAUGCACGAGAAUGGAUCACUCCUCCUGCUGUCACUUAUGCCAUCCACAAACUGGUUGAAAACGUGACUGAGCCUGACCUUCUUGAGAACUUCGACUGGAUUCUCUUUCCAGUCGUAAAUCCUGAUGGUUACGUAUAUAGUUUUGAAAUGGAAAGAAUGUGGCGAAAAACUCGUUCCACGGACCAGAAUAUUUUUAGCUGGCUCUGCCCAGGGGUUGAUGGAAAUCGAAAUUUUAACUUCGAGUGGAAUACAGUCGGUACCAGCAACAACCCGUGCUCUAACAACUACGCUGGAAGUAAACCAUUUUCUGAAGUAGAAAGUUGGACUGUGGGCCAAAUCAUUGAGGAACAUCUCGACCAAAUUGUCCUUUAUAUCACCGUGCACAGCUACGGAAGCUUCAUUCUCUACCCAUGGGGCCAUAAUGGUACUCUCUCUAAUAACGCCUUUUCACUUCACACUGUUGGCAUCGAUAUGGCUGGUGCUAUCAAUAAAUUAUCUCUACCACAUUUCCCUAAAUAUGUGGUAGGCAAUGGAAUGCUUACUCUCGAUUAUGCCGUAGGAGGUGCGGCAGAAGAUUAUGCUCAUUAUAGAGGUAUUCCAUUGACAUACACAUUUGAAUUACCAGGGCUCAGAUAUGGUUUACAAGGUUUUCACUUGGACCCAAUCUAUAUUCACCAGGUCUGUAUAGAAACCUGGGAGGCCUUUGUCAUUGGGGCUAGAAGGGCUGGUCAAUUGUAUGGAAAAAAAACUAAUAUUGUAUGAAAUUUGUUAGGAUAAUACUUUG